AUGGGUCUUGGAGUGGUUAUCCGAAACGAUGAAAGGUGGUUCCUGCUUGCAGCUGCUAAACGCGUGCAGGGGAAUUGGAGCGUGGAAAUGGCGGAGGCCCUUGCUGUGGAGUUUGGUGCGCAGCUAGCCUGGCAAAUGCAUUACCCGAGGCCGAUCAUUGAAUUGGACUGCCAGACAGUUGUGCAAAAUCUUCAAGCGGCUGAUGAUGUUUUCACAGGAAACAUGAAUAGUUUGCAGGAACGUGAGGCGAAUCUUAAAUCGGAUGGAAGGAAGCAGGUGGAGAUUCAUCUAUAG